GUCAUUUCCGCCUGGGUCCAUUCACUGUGGGCAUAUAGAGGGUUGGGACCCGAUCCUGUCUGCGGUGUGACACAUUAUUAUCAACAAAAAUGUACUAUAGAGUCAGUGGAGUCACUGGAAAAUUAACGGGAGCCACAGCAGCUUCUGCUUACACUCCGCAGGGACUGAAGCCCACGGUGCCAGCUCAAGCCCCUCAGAUGGUCUUUGCUUCACCAACCAAGGUUGUUUCAGAGACCGGGUCAGUGGCACACUACAUGGGAAUAAACAAUGUCCCUGAGCUGCAGAAGAUUUUCCAGAAAACUGACGGAGCACCGGUUCACCUGAAACGUGGAAUUAUGGACAAAAUGCUGUACAGGACCACGAUGGGCUUGACAAUUGGUGGCACCCUCUACUGUUUAAUAGCCCUCUAUAUUGCUGCCCAGCCCCGAAAACCACAGUGACCCACCCUGCCUGUGCCCUGUAUAGUUAAAUAUAUUACAGUUAUUAUGGUUUGAGUGAUGACAUGGACUUUUGUCAUUUUGCUCUCAAAGACAGUCACAAAAUUGUUCAUGAUGCUUUUUCACUUCUGUAAAACUGCUCUUAUUUACUUCAGUGUUUUUAUUUCACUGAUUAUGCAAGUAUAUCUUGAUCAAUUUGAGAAGCAGACUCCUAACUAAUUGAACCAACUGUCUGAAGAACUCAGAGUUUGAAAAAGGACCUAAUUGCAUAUAUACAUUUAUUGCAUAAAAGUUUAAUGUAACUGGCCAGUCGUUUUCUUCUCAGGGCCAUCUAACUGGUCCCUCCUUCAAGUCAGUAGUUUACCUUAAUGGUCUGUUUUUUUAACAACCAGGGUAAAUUGAAAUAAUGCACACUCUGAUGUACUGACCUAUUUGCAUCCCCUCAUAUCUUUUGAGUAAAUGACAAUGAACUAUUACAGCUUGUCAAAAAACCUUGUAAAUGAUGUCCCUGCAAUUUGUACCUAGCAGAAUAAAUAUAUUUUGUUUGUAAAGAGGACAAAAAA